GAGCAUCACUCAGAACAGCCCCCAGGUCUUUCGGGGCCAGCUUGGCCCCUCCCUUCCGCAGCUGCAUCCUUGCUCUCCAGCCUCACACCGACAGCGAGGGCAGUGCUGCGGGCGAGAGACAGGGGACGGCUGCCAGGAGCCCUGCCGAGCCAGGGAGCGAAGGGAGACCGGCUGCUCUGGCACAGGAUGGAGUCUGUGGCUUUGUACAGCUUCCAGGCGACGGAGAAGGACGAGCUGCCCUUUCGCAAGGGAGACACGCUGAAGAUCCUGAAUAUGGAAGAUGAUCAGAACUGGUAUAAAGCCGAGCUGUACGGCUCAGAAGGAUUCAUCCCGAAGAAUUACAUUAAAGUCAAGCCACACCCGUGGUACGCGGGAAGGAUUUCCAGGCAUCUGGCCGAAGAAAUCCUCUUGAAACGCAAGCACUUGGGAGCCUUCCUGAUCCGCGAGAGCGAGAGCGCCCCGGGGGAAUUCUCCAUCUCCGUCAACUAUGGGGAGCACGUCCAGCAUUUCAAGGUACUCCGAGAAAGGAAUGGCAAAUAUUUCCUCUGGGAAGAAAAGUUCAACUCCUUGAAUGAACUGGUGGAUUUCUACAGAACCACAACCAUCGCCAAAAAGCAACAGAUCUUCCUUAGAGACGACGAGCAGAACCAUGAGGUACAGGGCUGUUCGGCUGCCCACACAGGUCACUCCAAGAGGGUUGUGAAAGAAGGAGAGGGCAGCACCCAGCCCAGCAUGCCCACUGCGCACCAGCAAAAUCGCAAGGUGAAGAAGCCGAAGUUCGUCCAGGCUCAGUUUGACUUCUCCUCCCACGAUCCGUCCCAGCUGGCCUUCUACAGAGGGGACAUCAUCGAGGUGCUGGACUGCCCCGACCCCAACUGGUGGAGAGGGAAGAUCUGUGGGCGAAUCGGCCUGUUUCCACGGAACUACGUCCACCCCAUUCACAUGUGACCUGCUAGUCAGUGUCUGCCUGGACGCCAGAGCUCCCUGGCUGCCCAUUACAAGAUAAACUGCAAUCCCCUUCACCUGAUGCCAUAGAGCUUUUAGGGGACAAGUUACCAGAGCACCAAGGACCUUUCCCAGGCUUAAAGCCAGACUGAGGGAUGCUGCACUGGACAGACCUGAAGCUCUGGGAACUGUGUGCUCUGGUGAAACCCCCUGCGCUGCAGAAGCAGCCUGCGCUAGGCAUUUGCACAUCGGGUUUUCAGUGCGCUGAAGAGGAGGUGAUUUACUCAGCCCGGCGCAUAAAAAGGACGUGACCAGAGUGAACUUAACGGGGCUCCUAGCAAUCCUGAUUGUGCCAUCACUUUGCUUACGUGGUGUAUCCCUUCCUCAUCGUCCUCUGUCUAGCUGCACUGCAAGCCCUUUGGGGCAGGGACCUUUGUCCUCACACCUUCCUGCUAAGUGCCAAGCACGCAAUAAAGCAUCCUAAUCCCA